AUGUGGGCUCCACCCUCCGUCGUCUCAAUCCCAACUUCCAAAGCAUUCCCCAACGAUGAAGUCAAUGUCGCGCGCUUCGUCAAGGCGCGUGAAGUCGAAGUCCGAGCGCUGGAGGAGGGCAUACGCUCGGCGAAGAAGAGCCAGAUGCGCCGCGCGUUCCAGGAUGUGCCGAGGGACAUGCGACGGAGGACGGCGAGUCAUAAUCCGAGGAGGGUGCCGCAGCGGUUGAGGAAUAGGAUCAGGAAGGAGAUGAAAGACGAUAAUACACCGGUGGCGAGCGGAAAGAGUGGGAGUGGGGUGGGGAAGGGAACGACAGCGUGGUUGAGGAAGGACGGGAUUAAGCAAGCUAAGGCUAAAGCGAAAGCCAGAAAGAAGAAAAAGAAGGACGAUGAUGGCGUUGUGGUCACAAAGUUGGAUGAAAAGAAUGAGGACAUGGAUGUAGACGUGGAAGAGGGAAAGGAAAAAAAAGAUUUGCGACUCAAGGAAACACUCCUGAAAUCUCUACAAACGCGUAAACCGAAGGCCAAGCGUUCUACGACCUUGGCUACUCCUCCCAAGCCUCCGGCACAGUUCCGCAAACGUCAAAUACAUAAGUCAUGGCUCCCGACUCACUUGUUUCACACCAAACGUGCACAUAUGACCCCUCCCGUGGAACCACUAUGGCGAUUUGCGGUCCCAUUGACACCAACACAGAAGAGCUAUCGGCCCACGCACCGUGCGUCCACGCUGAGGGGUGCUGUAGCAUGGGAUAUGAGCUAUAUGGCAACAAUCGCGCUCGAAGGGGUUGAAAAAAGCAUAUCGGGAUUAUUGAAGGCAAUAGGAGUUGGCGCGGACCACGACGGAGAGCUAUGGAAGGACGGAGGCUUCGGCAAAAAGUGGCGUACUGGCACCAGGAUCUGGGAAGGCUGGGUCUUCGAGAGGGAAGGAUGGCCUUUGAAACCAAUUGCACCCGUGGUAGUCGUCUGGAGCUCGGAGGGAAAGUCCGAUAUAGAUGCAACAGAUCCAACUUCGAAGGUCUCGAAAACCCCAUCAAAAAGAAAAGUCUUCAUUCGGAUACAUCCAGCUGGGUUUCUUCAGCUGUGGCAAGAGGUCACGAGACUUGCCAAGGUUCAGAAACCUUCCGUGUCAGUGGAAGACCUACGUUUUGAGAUCGGUAGCAUUGAAAUAUCUGGUCCUGGCGCCACGGAGACGCUUCAAACCGCACUGUGGCCAACACAAGCGCCGAAUAGUGAGCAAUAUCCUCCAGAUAGCCCCCAAGCUGUUUGGAAAAUCCUCUCAUCGUGCAUCAACCCCGGGAGUCUGCCAAAUAAUACGCUUCUCGCCUUCAACAUCUCCGAUCCCCGUUUACAUCAUCCUCCUCGACCACGCGAAGCUACUGAACCAGCCGCGUCAUUGGCGCUUUUGAAUCAAGUGAUUAGCGCCUGGCCCCUCGAUAAGACUCUAUCUCCCCCUGCUCUAUUUGAUCGCAACGCAAGAUUAGCAGCACAACGCUGCUUACCUUCUCAGCAAUCUAUCAACCGUCGUAAAGGCGCCGCAAAACCAGGACAAUACCCCGAACCGCGGCCUACAGAUCCUCAGAUCCCGGUAUUGCUUUACCCUUCGCGAAUCAGUGGUUCUUGGACAGUCAUCUUGCCUUGGAAAUGUGUCAUGCCGGUCUGGGCCGCGAUAAUGUAUCACCCUCUCUCUACGGGUAGCACUCCAAGGUUUGGAGGUCUGAAGGAGAUUAGGCAAAUCGCUUUUGAGGGUUCUCGAACGUGGUAUCCAGGUGACUAUCUAGGCACUGCGGCUGGUUGGGACUGGGAAUUGCAAGAGAGGGCCGUCAGGGAGAAGGAAUGGUCGAAGAGGCCGAAAGGGAACAGGGUUGCAUGGGAGAGUAUAGAUCUAGGCAAUAAUAGAAAAGGCGAGAUAGGGAGAGGCUGGGCUUGCGAUUGGGAAAGGCUUUUGCUGGGACCGCCAACCCCGCCUGAAUCCAGAGCUUCAAAGUCCACGAAGCUAAGCCUUCCUCCUUUCCAACACCUAUCUUCGCCUAUAAUCUCCGACUUACUUUCGAGUAAUCCGCCCUGCGCUCUCCGAGAUAUCACAACGUCCCCUACGCUUUUCACAGCCGGCAUCAAGCUCCUCACUCGAGGCGUUCCAGUCCCUUGUGCGCGCAUAUACCGCCUUCCUACCAACAACGCCGAACUACGUGCCAAGUGGCUAUCGCUGGUACCUACAUCAAGCGUGCUCUACAAAUCCAAGAGCAAGGCCAACAGGCCACCUCAAGCAUUAUCCAAAGACGUGCCGCUUCACCUUCGGCGACGAGCUCUUGCCGCAGGCCUUCUGGCGCCGGUGGUUGUCGAGAAAGAGAUCCCGCAACCAGGCGACAAGGAGUAUCCAACUGUGCCUGAUGAACCCGAUCUCAUCGGAUUCAUUACGACUGGAAACUUCAAUCUUGGGGAAGGCAGAGGGACCGCGGUGGCUAACCUUCUUGCUGAUAGGGUACUCGUGGCGAACGCUGAGAAUAAAGUUAGGAAUGGUAAGGUUCAAGAGAAGUUCCUGUGCAUAGUGCGGGAAGCUGGUCAGGGGUUUGGACGGUUAGCCCGAUGGGAGGUGGUGUAA